AUGAAUACUGCCACUGCUACUAAUGAUGAAGUUACUAGUACUGCCGAGUCUCCUCUUCUGUUUGCUGACGAUUUGAUUUGGUGUGGCCAGAUUUUAUCGUUUGUUGGUGUUGGACAGUACGCUUUUGUAGGUGCUGUCAACAAAAAGAUGAAUCGACUCAACAAAGAGUACUGCCAAAUUGAACUCAACAAAAAUCCAAUAGAGAUAAAGCUUGACCCUGGACGGAAUUCUCUCAGUCGCCCUGCAAAAAUCACUGACACAUUAUACAGUGAAACAUUCUGUAACGAGCCCCGUGCAGAAUACUGGCUCAGCGACAAUUCCGACCAUAAGGAACCUGCAUAUCGUGAUGUUUGCAAUGUCAUUGCCACAAUUGGAAAUACUAUGGUCAUGCAGUGGGUACGACAAAAUGGAUUGAAUCCAUUUAUUCCAUGGGAAUCAUUCCCAUGGAAUGAAAUGACAUCUGCUUAUGCUGCUGAAAAUGGACAUUUGGAAUUGCUCCAAUGGUUAAAAGAGAAUGGCUGUCCAUGGGAUAGUUGGACAUGCCAUCGUGCUGCUUCUGGUGGACAUUUGGAAAUUUUAAAGUGGGCUCGUGAAAAUGGCUGUCCAUGGAAUGAAUACACAUGUGCUUGUGCUGCUGAAAAUGGAAAUUUGGAAAUUUUAAAGUGGGCUCGUGAAAACGAUUGUCCAUGGAAUGAACAGACAUGCUCGAGAGCUGCUAAGAAUGGACAUUUGGAUAUUUUAGAGUGGGUUCAUGAAAAUGGUUGCCCGUGGAAUGAAGCGACGUGUUCUGGAGCUGCUGAAGGUGGACAUAUGGAAAUUUUGAGUGGGCUCGUGAAAAUGGUUGUCCAUGGUGUCAACAUACAUGCCAUCAAGCUGCGAAGAAUGCCUAUUUUGAAUCUAAAGUGGGCUCGGGCAAAUGGUUGUCCAUGGAAUGAAUCUACAUGCUCAGAUGCUGCUUCACCUGGACAUUUGGAAAUUUUAAAGUGGGCUCGGGCAAAUGGUUGUCCAUGGAAUGCAUAUACAUGUGCCAAAGCUGCUUUACAUGGACAUUUGGGAGUUUUAAAGUGGGCUCGUGAAAAUGGCUGUUCGUGGAAUGAAAAUACAUGCUCGUGGGCUGCUUGGCAUGGCCAUUUUGAAACGCUGAGGUGGGCUCUCGAAAAUGGCUGUCCAUGGGAUGAAGGGAGAUAUGGAGGUAGCAACAAACCCGAAGUGAUCCAGUGGCUACGCGACAAUGGCUUCCCUGGGACCGAGGAGGAAGAGUCCGACGAAGAAGAGUCCGACGAAGAAGAAUCCGACGAAGCAGAGUCCGACGAAGAAGAUGACGACGAAGAAGAUGACGACAAAGAAGAUGACGACAAAGAAGAAGAUGGGUCUCACGAUGAAGGACACUAA